AUGCAAUUAAUUGAACAAGCUCAAACAUUAUUAAAUUUUGACAAUCAAGCAACAUUUGAUGUUAAUAUACUCGAUGCUGUUAUUAAUACAAUGUAUCGAGGACAGGGUGAUGCUCAACGACAAGCAAGUGAAGUAUUAAAUAUUUUACGUGAUCAUCCUGAUGCAUGGACAAAAGUUGAUUGUAUUUUGGAAUAUUCAAAAUGUCAAGAAACAAAAUAUUAUGCUUUACAAAUACUUGAAAAAACAAUAAAAAUACGUUGGAAAACUUUACCAAAAGAACAAUGUGAAGCAAUUAAACAAUUUAUUGUUAGUAUGAUUAUUUCACAUUCACAAAAUCAACAAUCAAUUGAACGUGAAAAAGUUUAUUUAAGUAAACUUAAUAUUAUUCUUGUACAAAUAUUAAAACAUGAAUGGCCAAAAAAUUGGCCAAACUUUAUUAGUGAUAUUGUUGAAGCAAGUAAAACAAACGAAUCAAUGUGUCAAAAUAAUUUAGAAAUCUUAAAACUUCUCAGUGAAGAAGUAUUUGAUUUUUCAUCAGGUCAAAUGACACAAACGAAAGCUAAACAUUUAAAAGAUACAAUGUGUACUGAAUUUACAAAAAUUUUUCAACUUUGCGAAUAUGUUGUGGAUAAAUCUCGUCAUCCGCCAUUACUUUUAGUAACUUUAGAAACACUUUUACGUUUUCUUAGUUGGAUUCCACUUGGUUAUAUAUUUGAAACAAAUAUGGCUAAUACACUUAUUGAUACAUUUUUUACUGUACCAAUGUUUCGUAAUGUAACACUUCGUUGUUUAACUGAAAUAGCUAGUAUUCAAAUAUCACAAUAUGAAAGUAAACUUAUUGAAUUUUUUCGUCAUACAAUGAUUCAACUUAAAACAAUUAUGCCAUUAACAAUUGAUUUAAAAAGUGUAUAUCGUACAGCAAAAGAUGAUGAUCAAAAAUUUAUUCAAAAUUUAGCAUUAUUUUUAGCAAUUUUUUUAAAAGAACAUGGAUUAUUAAUUGAACGUACACCUGAUUUAAAAGAAACAUUACUUGAAGCAUUACAAUAUCUUGUUUUUAUUUCUGAAGUUGAUGAUAUUGAAAUAUUUAAAAUAUGUUUAGAAUAUUGGAAUAUUUUAAGUUCGGAACUUUAUCGUGAAGUACCAUAUCAACAAACAGCAUUAUCAUAUAUGAGAAAUAUGAAUAAUACAUCAUCACGUCGACAAUUUUAUAGUGUUAUUCUAUCAAAAGUUCGACGAGUAAUGAUAUCACGUAUGGCACGACCAGAAGAAGUACUUAUUGUUGAAAAUGAACGUGGAGAAGUUGUACGAGAAUUUAUGAAAGAUACAGAUGCUAUUAAUCUCUAUAAAAAUAUGCGUGAAACACUUGUUUAUUUAACACAUUUAAAUUAUCUUGAUACGGAAUCAAUUAUGACAGAAAAAUUAGCAAAUCAAAUAAAUGGAUCAGAAUGGUCAUGGAAGAAUUUAAAUACACUUUGUUGGGCAAUUGGUUCAAUAUCAGGUGCAAUGGUUGAAGAUGAUGAAAAACGUUUUCUUGUUACUGUUAUUAAAGAAUUACUUGGUUUAGUCGAACAAAAACGUGGUAAAGAUAAUAAAGCGAUUGUUGCUUCAAAUAUAAUGUAUGUUGUUGGACAAUAUCCACGUUUUCUUCGUGCACAUUGGAAAUUUCUUAAAACUGUUGUUAAUAAAUUAUUUGAAUUUAUGCAUGAAACACAUGAAGGUGUACAAGAUAUGGCAUGCGAUACAUUUAUAAAAAUAUCUCAAAAAUGUCGUCGACAUUUUAUAACAAUUCAAUUAGGUGAAUCUCAACCAUUUGUCGAGGAAAUUUUAACUAAUAUUAAUGGAAUUAUUUGUCAUUUGGAAGCUCAUCAAGUUCAAACAUUCUAUGAAGCUGUUGGACAUAUGAUUGCUGCUAGUAUUGAUAUUAUUCAACAAACAAAAUUAAUUGAUAAAUAUAUGCAAUUACCAAAUGAAAUGUGGAAUACAAUUAUAUUUCAAGCGAAAAAAUCUGUUGAAUGUUUAAAAGAUCCGGAUAUAAUUAAUAAUAUAUUAAAUAUACUUAAAACAAAUAUACGAGCAUCAAAAGCUUUAGGUGCACCAUAUGUACAUCAAUUAAUUAAGAUUUAUCAAGAUAUGUUACAUAUAUAUAAAGUAACAUCAGAAAAUAUCAAUCAAGCUAUAAGAAUUCAUGGAUCAAUUGUUGUUAAGCAACGUUUAAUUAAAUCAAUGAUGGCUAUUAAAGAAGAUACAUUAAUAUUAAUUGGAAAUUAUUUUUCAAAAGCAAAUAAUACUCAACAAAUUCUUGAUGAAUUCUUUCCACCAUUAAUAACAUUUGUUUUAAUUGAUUAUCGAGAUUGUCAUUGUGAUGCACGGGAAUCGGAAGUAUUAAAUUUAUUAGCAAUAUUAGUUAAUAAAGCUGAAAAUCGUUUUAUAAAUCGUGUACCGGAAGUAUUUGAUUUAACAUUUGAACAUACACUUCAUAUGAUUGAUAAAAAUUUUGAAGAUUAUCCGGAUCAUCGAAAAAAUUUUUAUAUAUUUCUUCAAUCAGUUGCAAAUGUUUGCUUUCCUGCAUUAAUAGCAUUGAAUGCAACUCAAUUUAAAUUUGUUUAUGAUUCGAUUAUGUGGGCAUUAAAACAUACAAUGAGAACAAUAUCUGAAUUAGGUUUAGAAAUUCUUCAAACAAUGAUAAGAAAAUUUCAAACAUGUGAUCCACAAGCAGCACAAAAUUUCUAUCAAGUUUAUUAUCUUGAAACAAUGCAACAUAUUUUUGCAGUUGUAGCUGAAUGCUCACAUACAUCAGGUUUAACAGCUCAUUCACAAAUCUUAGCAAAUUUAUUUUUAAUUGCUGAACAAGGUCUUAUUAAAAUUCCAUUAGCACCUGAAGUUCAAGAUCCAUCACAAAAUUUACUUUAUAUUCAACAAUUUAUGGCUAAUUUAUUAAAAACAGCUUUUUCACAUUUACAAGAUAAUCAAAUCAAAGUUAUUAUUGAAGGUUUUGUUGCAUUAGAUCAAGAUAUUGUUGGUUUUAAAGAACAUUUACGUGAUUUUCUUGUUCAAAUACGUGAAACAAAUGGAAAUGAUACAGCUGAUUUAUAUUUAGAAGAUCGUGAACAAACAUUAAAACUUGCUGCUGAAGAAAAACGUAAAAUACAAAUGAGUGUUCCCGGUAUUCUCAAUCCUCAUGAAAUUCCUGAAGAUAUGCAAGAUUAA